GUUUAGGUCCAGACGAGUCGGCCGCUGCUUCGGGAAGGCACGGCCCCCAUGCAGCUUUGGUCUGGAACCUUCCGCACCUGGGCAUUUGGCACCCUGCCCAACUGCCCAACUUGCGUAUUGAAACGCUUACUCGCUUGCGCUGAAGCUUUCAGGCCCACCGCGACUUGUUGCCAUCCUUCUCCACACGCCUUCGGGUAGCACCUAUCGCACUAUCGGAAAUGGCCACCGACGAGGUCAUGGCGUCGCCCGUGGCGGAGGGCGAUACUACCGUGGAUCAGCCUGAGGUUGUUGGCGAGCCCAUGCAGGAGGACGACCUGGACUUUGCCGAUGAGGUUGGAAAGGAAGUGAAGCUGACGGAUGACGGCGGCUGUGUCAAGAAGAUCCUGGCGGUGGGCGAGGGCUGGGAGAGCCCCGAGAAGGGAGACGAGGUGACCGUCCACUACGUGGGCACGCUGGAGGACGGCACCAAGUUCGACAGCAGCCGCGACCGCGACCAGCCCUUCGUGUUCACACUGGGAGAGGGCCGCGUGAUCAAGGGCUGGGACACGGGCGUGGCCACCAUGAAGCGCGGCGAGAAGGCGCUGCUGAUCUGCCAGCCCGACUACGCCUACGGCGCGCAGGGCAGCCCGCCCAAGAUCCCGCCCAACGCCACCCUGCACUUCGAGGUGGAGCUGCUGUCGUGGCGCAGUGUGAAGGACAUUGUGGGCGACGGCGGCAUCAUCAAGUCGGUGACGGCGGAGGGCAGCGGCUGGGAGCAGUGCCAGGACCUGUUCGAGGCCAAGGUGUCGUACAGUGCACGUGUGGCCGGCGCCGAGGCGCCCUUCGCCUCCGCCGAGGCCGUGACCUUCACGGUGUCGGAGGGGCUGCUGGUGCCGGCGGUGCGGGUGGCGGUCAAGACCAUGAAGCGCGGGGAGAGGGUGCAGCUCAAGGUCAAGCCCGAGUACGGCUUCGGCGCCGCCGGCAGCUCCGAGUACGGCGUGCCGCCCGGCGCUGACCUGGAGAUCGAGCUGACCCUGCUGGGCUGGAACAACGUUGAGUACUGCAACAAUGAGAACACGGUGGUGAAGAAGACGCUGGUGGAGUGUGACAACGAGUACCGCCGACCCAACGAGGGCGCCAGCGUCACUCUGCGCGUCACAGGCAAGGUGCUGCCUGACGGGCCGGUGUUCAUGAAGCACGGCGAGGGCAGCGAGCUGCGCUUCGUCACUGAGGAGGAGCAGGUGCCGGAGGGUCUGGAGCUGGCUGUGAUGAAGAUGAAGAAGGGCGAGACCGCCGUCGUCACCGUCAACGACCCCGCGUACGGCUACGGCGACAAGCCGCGCACGGUGUCUGUGGAGGGCUCGGAGGUGGAGGUGCCGGCGGGCAGCCGCCUGCAGUUCGAGGUGGACCUGGUUGACUUCACCAACGCCAAGGAGACUUGGGAGAUGAGCGACAUUGAGAAGGCCCACGCCGCCAAGCAGCGCAAGGACAAGGGCAACGCCUUCUUCAAGAGCGGCAAGCUGGCCCGCGCGCAGUCGUGCUGGGACCGCGCCGUGGCGGCGGUGUCGUACGACAAGAGCUUCCCGGAUGAGGCCAAGGCCAUCGGCAAGGAGGUGAAGCGCAGCUGCUGGCUGAACCUGGCGGCCCUGGACCUGAAGCGGGCGCACUGGAAGGACGCCGUCAAGCACUGCACCAGCGUCCUGGACAUCGACCCCACCUCUGUCAAGGCGCUGUACCGGCGGGCGCAGGCGCACAUGGGCAUGGCUGACUUCUUCGAGGCGGAGCAGGACGUGAAGCGCGCUCUGGAGCUGGAGCCGGACAGCGCCGACGUGCUGGCGCUGCAGCGGCGGCUCAAGGCGGCGCAGCGCGAGCAGAACAAGAAGGAGGCAAAGCUCUACUCCAAGAUGUUUGCAGCGCCCAAGGUGGCGGCGGUGGCGGCUGCACCGGCGGCGGCUGCGCCGGCGGUGGUGCCGGACGGCGGCGCGGAGGCGGAGAAGGGGACGGAGGCGGAGGCGGCGCCUGCGGCGCCCGAGGUGGUGGCGUCGGCUUGAAGCGGUGCUGUCAAGGGCACCGGGGCUGCGCCAUUGCAACCCCGAGGGCGCGUGCGUAGGAGUGGAUGGGCAUGUGAUUGUUGAGCUGUGCAGAUAGGGGAGGGAGCGUGGGUGUGCGGGAGGCGUGGCCGCUGGGCGCUAGACCGUAGCUCGGUGGGGCUCGGGGGGAGCAGCACGCAGGGAGGUACAGGGGGGGGGGUUGGCACGCGUGCGGAGACAGAUGCAUGAUUUUUUACCAAAGGCCCCCAACAUAGAGGCGUGUGCUUAGUAGGCGCCCGCGUCCAGGUGGCUGGGUUGAUAACGACCCGGGAUCAGCCCUUUUCCUGCCUCCCUAAGGCAGCCACCUCCUUGUUUACCCUGGCCUUUCCGUACGUUCAUUUUCCAAAUUUUUUGUUGCAUGCGAGAGCCGUUGCUCAAACCCUUUUGGGCCGUAGAUUGCCGCCGCUGGUAAAUGCGCUAGGGUGGAUUGCCUGAAGCAGACAGAGUGGUGUGCGACAGAACUAGAGGCCCCGGAAAAGAGCAGGAGUGAGCUUAGGGUGGUGGGCAACUAGGUGAGGGACCUCAGGGUUCAGCGGAGCAAGUGUUUGCUGCGUUUGGAGCAGUGGAGGCGUUCGGAACAUACAGUCCCUUGUCGCUUGUCUUUUCACCAUUUGAGAUACGAGCCAAGAUGAAUGGGGAUUUGUGGAGGUUAGGCAUCGUGACGGACUGCUUGCGCGAGCUGUAAGUGCGGGCUUAUUGCGUGGAGCCAGGGUGCUGGUCCCCUGGAAAGCAGUGACACGUGUUGCAUCCUGUCGUCGAGACACGCGUUUGCAUGUACGUACAUGGGGGGUCACAAUGUAGGCAAUGCGGUAAGGGCCGUUUGGCAGCACCACAGGAAGCAAGCACCUGCAGCUCUGUGCAACGCCCACCGAAACACCUACCGCU